UCACUGGUUCGCGCAACAGGAGUUUGUUUGCGCUGUUUGCUAGUUUAAUUAUGGUGCACUUAAAUUGAAUUUAUUAUUGCUAUUACCAUGGCAGACGAAGUAAAAAAACGACUGAUAUAUUUGAAGGCGGAUGAAGAUGAGGACUUAACAAGCGAUGAAGAUUGCUUAGGCUAUACAAGGGAACAGAGAGCAAACAAACACAGCAAGACAACGGCUAUAGAUGAAGGGGCCUCAAGCAGUCAAAAUUCGCAAACGGGGAUUACACCAAAUAUUAUAGAUAUUGAUGAUGCUGCGCUGCUAAGUAAUGACGCCCAUGCGCCAGCGCUGCCAGUUAUUGGUGCAACUAAUAAUGAGCAAAGAACACCAGUUUUUCAUUUGCGUUCGCGCACUGCUGCCGCUUUAGUUGGAGCCAAAGAGCAAUAUGAGAGCUUGGAUUAUGAUGUCUGUGAGAAUAAACUUUUUCAGGAUGAACUGCGUCGACGCCACAGCGACCGUUUUUCGCUGCGUACUCAUGUCAUACGAUGGAUUAUCUUUGUGCUCAUAGGCAUCAUAACAGCACUUAUUGCCUGCUCUAUUGAUAUAGUAAUCGAGGAGUUAUCCGAAAUAAAAUACAAGUUUCUCAAAUACUCUGUGGAUCACAAUGUACCCAUGAACGGAAACGAUGGCGACCUGGCAUUGCCGUUUCUUUGGUGGAUACUCUUAAGCGUUAUACCUGUAGCAAUUGGUGCUGCAAUGGUUACGUAUAUAGAGCCAAUUACCGCUGGAAGCGGCAUACCCCAAGUUAAGAGUUAUCUGAAUGGGGUUAAGGUGCCGCGCAUUGUACGCAUCAAAACGCUGGCCGUAAAAUCUAUUGGUGUCAUUACAUCUGUGGUGGGAGGUUUGGCCGGUGGCAAGGAGGGACCCAUGAUUCAUGCGGGUGCUGUGGUGGCAGCUGGUAUUUCUCAAGGGAAGAGCACAACCUUUGUCAAGGAUUUUCGCAUCUUUAAGGCCUUUCGGGAUGAUCACGAGAAACGUGACUUUGUGCUCGGUGGGGCUGCGGCGGGCGUCUCAGCUGCAUUUGGCGCGCCCAUUGGGGGCAUGUUGUUUUCGCUAGAAGAAGCGGCCAGCUUUUGGAAUCAAAACCUCAUCUGGCGCACACUAAUUGCAUCCAUCAUUAGCUCGUUUACUCUUAAUAUUGUUCUCUCUGCUUACCAUGGCUUAAACGAUUUCACUUUUACGGGUCUUUUCAAUUUAGGCAAGUUUGAACAGCCGCUGAGUUUUGAAUACUUUGAGCUGCCGUUGUUUAUGAUGCUCGGUGUCUCUGGGGGGCUGCUAGGCGCCGCCUGGAAUGCAUUGAAUAUGCGGAUUAAUAAAUUUCGCAAACGGUUUGUGCCUUGGAAAUGUGGCAAGGUUUGCGAGGCCAUUUUAGUAGCUAUACUGGGCGUCACAUUGGCAUGCACCAUGAUAUAUUUUAUCAACGAUUGUCGACCGCUGGGCAAUGAUCCAACUAUACAUCCGGUGCAGUUGUUCUGCGAGGAUAACGAAUAUAAUGCGGUGGCCGCUCUGUGGUUUCAAACGCCGGAGGCUACAGUUCGUGCGCUCUUCCAUGAUCCGCCAGGCUCUCACAAGAUUCUCACCCUUGCCAUGUUUACGCUGGUUUACUAUUUUUUAUCCUGUGCUACUUUUGGACUCAACGUUUCCUUGGGUGUUUUUAUACCCACAGCACUAGUAGGCGCUGCAUGGGGACGUCUUGUAGCUAUGCUGCUUUUUUAUCUCUUUCCAGAGACACAAUUUCUGCACCCUGGAAAAUAUGCUUUGAUUGGCGCAGCUGCCAAUUUGGGUGGAGUGCUACGCAUGACCAUUAGUCUAUCAGUUAUACUGAUGGAAACAACAGGAAUUGAGACAUCAUUCUUUUUUCCGCUUAUAAUAGCGUUAAUUAGCGCCAAGUGGGUAGGCGAUUACUUUAAUGAUGGCAUUUACGAUAGCGUUAUAGAGGUGAAUAACGUACCCAUGCUGCCUUGGGAGCCUCUGCCCCAAUAUAAAGGUCUAACGGCUAAAGAGAUAAUGAGCAAUUCCGUAGUUAGCAUUAAACUGCGCGAUAAUGUGCAUUACAUAUUUGAAGUCUUGAAGAGAUGCAGUCACAAUGGCUUCCCUGUGGUCGAUGAUGUCAAUAAUGAUCUACGUUCCUCCGGACGCGUUUGUGGCUUUAUAUUACGCUCACAGCUUAUUGUUAUAUUACAGAAGGCGCUAUUUGCAGAAAACAAACGCUUCUGGGAGUCGGACACUACCAUUCAAACCUUCAGAGAUGUUUAUCCCCGGUAUCCCAGCAUUGAGAGCGUGCGUCCUCUCGACCGAAAACUUAAUUACACUGUGGAUUUGUCCAUCUUUAUGAAUCCAUCACCCGUGCGUGUUAAUGCUCACGAUUCAGUGCCUAGGAUUUUUAAUAUAUUCCGUGCGUUGGGACUACGUCAUAUGUUGGUUAUUAGCAAUGAAAAUCGUAUAGAGGGCAUCAUAACGCGGCGAGAUUUCAUUUACAAAUAAUAUAUUAAGCUUUCAUUUGAUUAUAAAUGUUUACAAAAUAAAAAAGCCC